ACAAGUAUAAUUUAAUUCAUUAUUUUAAUUUUUAACCGGAAGACAAAAUUUCACGUUCAAUAAACAAGCCGAAGAAAAACUUCACCCGGAAGUAUUAAAGCUAAACCGAAGAAAAAAGUAACUUGGAGGAAAUUAUUAAUGGGGGUUACUUGCGUGUGCCAAGUCCCGGUGGCAGAGGGGAAGAGUGUGCAGCAGACAGUGGACCUGGUCCACAAGAAACUCGAGCAGCUGGGGGCUGUGAAACAGGGCAGCUUCUGUGUUGACUGUGAGACGUACCAUGCAACUGGAAGUGUCGGCGGUCAGCCCUCCAAGCUUUUAUACGUGAUGCACAACUCGGAAACUCCCCUGAGUUGCCUGGCUCAGUUCGAGAACGGACCGUGUCUGGUAGCUGACGCCAACUUUGACGUUCUCAUGGUCAAGCUCAAGAGUCACUUCCAGAACGCCAAGGGUCACAAAGUGGAGUGUCGGGGCUCGCGCUAUCGCUACUGCGACUUCCUGAUCAAAGUCGGCACGGUGACCAUGAGCUCAAGCGCCAGAGGAAUAUCAGUGGAGGUGGAAUAUUGUCCCUGUGUGGUUCCAGGGGACUGCUGGAACCUCAUGAAGGAGUUUAUGCUGUCAUUCCUGGGCCCCAGCGUACCGGAGUUGCCGUCUGCUUUUGCUGCCAAGCCCGAAGGCAUUUUUGCACCGGCUGACUGCAUUGACACCAUGGCACAGUAUCUGGAGUUGUUCAACAAACUGCGUAAACUGCAAAUUCAAGGCAGUAACGUGCGUUGAAU